GAGAGUCUGAGCUGUUGACACAAUGGCUGGAAUGAUGUUAACGCGGAUUGUGAACAGGACUUUACUGUCAGCCUCUGGUGCCAUCUUAAUCAGAGGGACAAACCGGUGUUACAGGACAGCUAUAAGAAGGACUGCAACCGCUCUGACCAGUGGAGGGGCUGCAUUCCUCCUGGGUCUCCCUGCUCUCUCCUGUCUGGGAUAUGAAGCUUAUCACAGGGUGCAGAGUUCAGCUGUGGUCCACGCUUUGCAAAAAGAGGAGGUUUUGGAGCAGGCCGACUACCUGUACAGCUGUGCAGAGACAGAGAAGCUGUACCAGCUGCUGCUGCAGUACAAGGACAGUGAUGAUGCAGAGUUCCUGUGGAGGCUGGCCCGCGCGUCCCGCGACGUGUCCCUCCUGCCCAACACAGAGGCCGCACGCAAGAAGCAGCUGACGUUUGAAGGCUUCGAAUAUGCAAAGAGGGCACUGGAGAAAGACGACAAGUGUUUCGCAACACACAAAUGGUAUGCUGUUUGUCUCAGUGAUGUCGGCGAUUGGGAGGGAAUCAAGGUGAAAAUUGGAAAUUCAUACAUCAUCAGGCAACAUCUAGAGGAAGCCAUCAAGCUCAAUCCCAAUGAUGCCACUUCCUUAUAUAUUUUGGGAUACUGGUGCUUUGCUUUCACAGAGCUGCCGUGGUAUCAGCGCAAGGUGGCGGCUGUAAUUUUUGCAUCACCGCCCACGUCCACAUACGAGGAGGCUUUGGAAUUCUUCCUGAAAGCUGAAGAAGUUGAUCCAAACUUCUACAGUAAAAACCUGCUAAUGCUCGGGAAGACCUACAUGGCCAUGAAAGACAAACAGAAGGCACUGCUCUGGCUAACCAAAGCAAAAGAGUACCCUGCUCACACACUGGAAGACAAAGAGGUCCACAAAGAAGCUGUUGACCUCCUGAAGAAGUUAGGAUGAAGCUGUAUUUACCACUAAGUGGAAUAGGAUCCCUUUCAGGACUUUUGGACUGUUGAUAAUUCUUAACACGCAAAUAAAAUGCUAAUCUUUUUUUCGGAUUUUGUAACUAUUAAUAUAGCAACACUGCGAGUGGCCUUGACUGCAGAAAUCGCACAAGCCUUUAAGAGAUAAUAAGUCCAACCAUCCAAAACUACAACAUGGAAGUUUUGAUAUUGCAGUCUCUGUGUAUCUAUUAUUGCCUGAGCUCCUCUCACACUGACUUUUCCCUGAUAUCUGGUGAGCAUACAGCAUUUGCAGGGCUACAUACUUGGAAACAUGUUAACGUUCAUUUUUCCAGUUCAGAUCGAGAUGUGAAUGAGAUGUAAUCGGUUUCUUAAGACUGUUCCUGUACACUAAUUCACGCUGUCCAUUUUUUUUGUCUUUUAACAUUUGUGAAUCCAUUCCUGAACAUUGACGAGGAACUCUAUGUUAAAUUAGAGUGUUAAAGUUACCACGAAACGGCUGCUAUUAGCAUCCACAUAUUUUUGUUUCCGGUAAUAACGGGCAGCUUGGGAGGGACAUCUUAUCCAACAGACUUCUUCUGUUCUGCCUGACUUGUCGGGCCUUGGAGUUUCCACUUCAGUCAAAUACUUUUGUUUUCAUUCUUUUUACAGAAUUACUUCUGCUACAGAAGUUUUGAUUUAGUCUGUUAUGUAAAAAGUUAGAAAAAUAGUAUUUUUCUACAGACACAAUAAUAAAAAAAAAUAUUCUGCUCUAUUAUUCUUAACUCUAAAAAUAGAGAAAAACACUUAACGCUACUUAAUAAAUGUGAAAUGAAAACAUGAGAAAAAAAAUUCCAGCUACAUAGCGAUACAUUUUUAUGUAGGUGCUAGUACAAGGGAAUAGAAAACGCAGAGCAUUCUGGGAAAGGUGCCGCCAUCUUUGUAGGGUAGACUACUAGCUCUCUGUCACUGUCCAUUGUUACAUCGUCAGAAAUCUAUUAAGUACCCUCGAAAGAUAAAUGGCUAUAAAAAGAGAAGCUCUUGACAAAAGUACACGAGUGAUAUGUUACAAAAUGUAAAUAAAUUAAUAAUGGGGUUUGGCUAAGCUAAUGUUAGGCUAACUAAAUGCUAACAAAACAUCAGCUAGUCAUGCAAAGUUAAUCAACCGGUAUCCAGUAAAAUGAAACAUUAGCCUACCUUUUACCUUUGUGUCUGAGAAUACUGCAGUAUUUCAUGUUUUGAACCUUUUUUAGUGUUUUGAGUGAGUUCAGCAGCUCUUUUUGAAAUCUGGUCACUGUAUGUAGCCCAUUUCUACACCACAUUAAAAGUUCUUUGCAUCUCGAUGGUAGGCUACAAGAGGCACAGCACAACUGCCAACAUCAAAUAAAUGAGUUAGAAAAUGCCUUUCCAGCAUCAAGUCCGAACUCGGAAAGGCCAGUCAGAAACAGGCAGAAACUGCUGCAAAUGUGAUCAAUCACACAAUUAAAAUUAGCUGCGUUACUAUCUGUGAGACCCCAAACAGCAGAAACAAUCCACCACUGAGGGCCCUUGAUGAGAUUAACAUUUUACAUUGGAAUAGUUUCUACAGCUCAAAGUAUGCAGCGUCACCUGAAAAACAUCUAACAGGCUCUUAUUACAGUCACACACACACUGAACUUAAAAUGAAUUGAAACCAGCUGUAAAGAUGGUCAGAUACAUUUAUUAAAUAUGGUUCUUUCCACAGGCAAGAUCCAAUCAAAAAAAGGAUAAACCAAGAGCACAUUAUUUUAUUUUUCUUUGAGAACAGAAUAGAAAUUGCCAACAGUUUGUUGUGAAUCCUGAGCAGAAAGGCCUCUCAUCCCCCGAUAAUCACACAACAGAGAAAAGGAAAGCGUGGUCGUGGAGGGGGUUUAUUCACGUAUUUAUUUGUAUCUCAUAAAUCCAUCUCUCUUCAUUGAAAUGGGUGAAAGCAGAUUAAAAAUGAAUCUUCUAUACACAUCGUCUCCAGUAAAGGGGCGCUCUGUACAGUGUAGGUGGUGUUUACAGUGUGUAUCUACACGCGAUAUGUUACAGUUUGGAUGCGUUUCAGAUGGCCUAAACCGCAGUCAGCACAGUCAGAAGUUCCCUGCUGCAUUAUCACGUACUGAAAUGAUAAACAGUAGCAUGAGUGAGUUUUGCUUUGAGGGAACACACCUGUCCAGGUGAUACUUCAUCUUAUUACUUCCUACGAUGAAGGCAACCUGAAGCGCCCCAUCUAUUUCUGAUAAGAACAAAGGCAUCACAGAUUUCCAUCAAUGGAGUGGCGGCUCUGUGUAAUUAAUUAUUAUAUUUAAGUACUUUAUUUACUUUCAUUACCUUUAUACAAUUAAUAUUCACAUACACAGUUGAUUUUCUUUGAUUACAGGUUUCUGUUCAAAAGGAAGCACAAAGUUAUGCAGUUUUGACUUCUUUAAGUCGGCUCCUUUUGCUACAGUAAAUGUUUUUCUUCAUACUGUCGUCCCUCCUUCCAGCUCUUUCACAGGGACAGCUGAAUACAUGUUAUAUACAUGACUGAUAACUUGAGUAAUCAUAAGCUCCUCCUAGAGAGUCUACAGCAGCUCGCUGCUGUUUUGCGGUGGUCUGAGAAAAGAAACCCACGACGCUAGAGAAAACAAGCAGAGCGGCAUGCCACUGCCACGUUUUUAAGCUGCGUCUAGACCACUGACUGAAAGAAUAAGCACCAGAGUUGCUGCCUCGAAACAAUGCCGUUAGACGUGACAUUUUGAAAAACAAAGGGCGUGUCCUCUGAAGCAUUUCAGGAAAGACAGGACGAGGGGAAAGUGGGGGUGCAAAGACAAAAACACGUAACAUAAGCCAAUGCGAUGCACCACCAGGCUUGCUGCUGUGAGCUGCACUGUGGAAGGUUUUCCACACAUUAUUUGGUCUGUGGCACAUUAGUGUCUCAUUAAUAGUCUUAUCAUCUUAUCUGCAUGUGAAUUAGGCUUUUUUUUUGUUUUCUGCAAACAGCCACAACUUUACUGAUUUAUACACACACACACACCUUUAUUAAACUAAGGCCAUCUAAUUUCAGCGCAAAACCUGAGAAUGAGAUUGAGUAUGGUCUGAAUAAAUUAAACUGCAUCGUCUGAGGAAAGUGGGCUCCGCACUAUGGCUUCAAUUUAUGCAGUAGUCACACUGUUGACUGCACAGCCAAAUGGCAGUUACACACUGUAUGUGUCAGAAUUGUUAUUUUCUAACGAUGCUGCACAGGUACAGAUUUAUGACCCAGUUACUACUAUCAGAGGCCCAAAUUUUCAAGUGGACAACUCAACCCUUCAGACGUGUUUUAACGCUUAUUUUCUUACAUUUGGCCAGUUGCCGCCCUGUGCCGCCAGCAUGCAAUAUUUGUAUAUGUUUGUUGCUUUCAAGUCAUUCAAGACAUGAAAUUUGAUAUUUUGUAAUACUCUGAGCUCCUUUAUGAUCAUGGACCAAAGUAGAAAAAACAAAAAACAACUGAUUAUAAACAUUGUGGAACUCUGAAAGACAUUUUCUGCUGUGAUAACAACAGUUCUGCAAUAACACGAGGACUUUAUGGGGCAGUGGCUUCGUUUGUAAUUAGUUAAUAGUUGCUAAUAAGCGAGAAGCUGAUGACAGAUUCUUUCAGUACAUGUGUGAAUGUACUUACAGAAGUACAUUUAUGAACGAGAUGUCUUUUUGACCUCAUUACAACACACAAGUGGGCCAAAUAUCAUAAGCUGUCUUUGAUUUUUUUCCAUGGUUACCUAUAACGUAGGAGGUAAAGUAACUGUGAUCUUCAUGUGAUCAGAUGAGCGUGAUCAUGUCUGGUGCUGGUGGAGACACUUUAAAGUCCGAGAUCAAAAUUCAACGAGACAAAAUCAGCCAAGCACACAAGAACAGCUGAGCCAGAGUCUGUUUUUCAUGUUUUUUUGUUUUGUUGUCAGUAAUUUUCCUGUAAAUAAAACUAAGUAUGUCAUCCUGGGUGUGUAUCUUACUCGCCAACUGAAGCUGGGGGCUGCAGUCUCAGUGGCUUGAAACAUGUCCAUUGUCUCAUCAAAAUCAGGACUAUGAACCACA